UUCCAAAACAAUCGUCACUUUAAAAUCAAACCAACCGAACAUCGAAAAGAUUCGUCUGUUGUUGUCUUCUUCUUCUUCAACUUGUUCUUUGUUUCUCUUUCGCCUCUUGAGUUCCUCACUUCUUGGUUCUACCUUCAUUCAUGUCUCUAUCCAAAUCUAUCUGGUAACUCAAAAUCAUCACUUCUUCUACUCAACAAUUUCACAAUCCCAUCCCCAAUUUUACAAUCCCUAGAUCUCCCUCCCUCUUCAAUUCGCUGUAGUUUUCAUGGACCUUGUUCGAUUGAGAGACAUAGGUUCAAUUUCACCUCAGAGAAGAAGGAAAUGGCUGAUUCUAUUAGCGGUUUUCGGUGUUUCGGGUUACGGAGUUUACAGGGUUUACAAUUCUCAAUACAUCGCUAAGAAGACGAAGCGUCUUAUGAAACUCUUCUCAGGCAUUGUUUCAUUCGCCGAAAUGGUCAUCGAUUCCGCGGAGACGAUAAGUAUCGUUUCUCGAGAUUUGAAAGAGUUUCUCGAAUCAAAUUCCCACGAAAUCCCUAAUAGCUUGAAACAGCUAUCGAAAAUCACCAAAUCAAAAGAGUUCACUGAUUCUCUAGCUAGGGUUUCUGAAGCUGUAGCGAUUGGUGUUUUCCGUGGGUAUAAUUCCGAUCCAAACGUCGAAAAAGAAUCGAAUUUGAGUGUAGUUGAUAGAGUUUUCUCAGAGGAAGGAGCUGGUUUUGUUUCUGUUGUUGUUGGUAGUUUUGCUAAGAAUCUUGUUCUUGGAUUUUACUCUGGUGAGAUUGAGAUUGGUAGUGAUGAUUCUUUAAAACCUAGAUGGAUGAAUUUGCUUAGUGAUGAUAAGUGUAGAGAGCUUUUAGCAGAUUGUAUUGAGAGAUUCACUAGCUCAGCUGUAUCGGUGUAUAUCGAUAAAACGGUUGGUGUUAAUACUUAUGAUCAGAUAUUCGCUGGUUUGACGAAUCCGAAACAUCGAGAUAGUGCUCGAGAUGUUCUUGUUUCGGUUUGUAAUGGAGCUCUUGAGACGUUCAUGAGAACUUCUCAUGAUGUCUUCACAUCUUCAGGAGAGAAAACCGAUUCCUCCUUGAGGAAGUCGGAGAAUCGAGAAAACGGAUGGGCAGAGGCGCUUUCGACUACUUUAGCAGUGCCGAGUAAUAGGAAGUUCAUGUUUGAUGUUACGGGAAGAGUGACGCUAGAGACGAUGAGAUCAAUUCUUGAGUUUGUAAUCUUGAAAACGUCACAAAGUUUUAAGAGGAGUUUGGAUGUGAUUCAUGAAGAAGUUACAGAGAGAGGACGUCAAGUAGUUGGAUACGUUGGUGCCAAAUCUUCAGUGAUAAUCACUGUUUGUCUUGCGGUUUACUUUCACAUCUUUAACCGCUUUGUUCGAGGCCCUCCGGUUUGUUUAAGCCAGCAAUUCUAGUUAAUCGGAUCGAUCUAUUAGCUUGUUAGAGUUGUUAGGGACAUUAGAUCUUCAGCCUUCCAUAUUCUUAUUGGUAAGUUGGAGCUGAAUAGCGUAGUAGAGUCUUAGCAGUGUUAUGUACCCACAUAUUCAUUAUUGUUUAUUUAUAGAGGAUUCUUGAGAUAAUCUCUGCAUCUAUGCUACCAUUUCCAGUCAAACCAUAUAAUGUAUUCGAAUGGAUGUUGCCGGCGGAGCGGACUAGGCAACUCUAUUUCUUGGGGCGGAUUUAUCCGCAUCAAAUUUAUCUUUAUGUAAGAGCCGUAUGUAGUAAAAUAUUUUUAAUUUUUUCGGGCAUAUUAAGACGG